GACCAGGAAAUGUUUCUCAAGUCAGGCGCAGCAAUCGAUUUCUUAGGCUUUGUCAUGCAGCGCGAUCUUACACUGCAACGUGCGAGACAACCGUGUCUGGAACUGAAUUUUACGUUACUAUGUAAAUCCACAUUUAUUUGAACAUUUUCUCUAUCACAUGAAAUACUGGAUGUUGCUUUAAAUAAAUUGUGAAAAGUUAUGAAAAGUAAUUUAGUUUAUAUUCUUUAUCUUCAAUGGUAAGGAUGGCGUUGAAUGUAAAAGUUAACAAAUCGAUCCCAGCGCUAUGAUUAGCGGUCGGUUUGUGAAACACAUUUCUCGAUAUUAAGAGCCUCGUCCCCACCACGGGAGUUUCCAAACCUGUGCAAAGAUAGGUACAUAUGUAUGUAUUACCGUCACAUAGUACACAACCAGACGUCGCACCACACGAAUUGCGUCCGUCAAUUCCUACGUACGUAAUACAACGUUGGCAACGUUGCGACGCAGUCAGCAAUCGCUAUGAUACAGACGCAACGUGCGUCGAGCAAUUGACACGGACGUUGCCGCAUUCUUUAUGUUUCUAUGAGACUAGUCACACGAACGGCGAGUUAACGUAUAUUAACCGUUAUAAUAAAUUAUGGACAUCGAGGUACUGAUAUCCGAAGUUGAGAAACAUCCCGUUUUAUGGGAUAUUUCCAAUCUUGAAUACAAAGACAAAUUAAAAAGAAACGAAGCGUGGUUGCGUGUGGCGAGUAUUGUAACCCCUAAUUUUAUGCAAAAGAUGGAAAAUGAUAAGAAGAUUAUUGUGCAGGAGGUAACUUCUAAAUGGAGAAGCGUACGCGAUAAUUAUAUUCGUACUUUAAGAAAAAGAAACGGAAAUAAUAAGUCAGGCUCUGCUGCAAAAAAAAAAAUACGAUAUGUUUAUGAAGAACAAUUAGGAUUUUUGAAAAAAUGUCGGGAGCCAAAAGAUACCAGUAGUAGCACUGAGGUAGAAAAGAAUGAGCCAAUAAGUACAGAUUCAGGAACCAACAUUAGUAAUGGAUUUGAAUCAAUCUUUAAUAAUGAAGAAACGAAUAACGAGUUCAGAUACCCUCCACGAGAAAAAACAAAAAGAAUUAAUGCAGAAGAAGAGAUGUAUUUUUCGGAGUAUAAGAAAAAUACAAACGACGACGAUGACGACAUGGCAUUUUAUAAAUCAACAUUACCACUAAUUAAGUCCUUUAAUUUAGAACAAAAAAUGCAAUACAGAAUGCAAGUCAUGCAAUUAAUUCAGAAUAUUAGAAAUUCAUCUGUUCAACGCACACUAUCAAAAUAUAAUACGUAGCACAUCAAAUUGUCCGAUUAGAUAUUUUUAUGAUACUUUAUUAAGAAAAUUUCCCUUUCGACCACAAAUUUUCAUGGUAGAUAUAACAGAAAAUUCCUUCAAAAAUAUAUCAUCAUAACAUUAUUUAUUAUAAAUAUUAUGUUAUUAUUAUUAAUGCUAUAUUAAUGUACAUUAUUGUUAUUAUUUCAUAUUCUAUAAAUUAUUAUCUUUUUAUUUAUCUUAAAUUUAAUUCCCUAUUACAUUAUUUUAAUUAGCUUAUGUAUAUUAAUAUAGACAACAUUUUUUCUAUUCACCUAGUUUGGUCUUCUAGUCACCAUAUCAUUCUAAUCACAACUAGCCUUUCCUAAGGCGGUAUUGCACAUCUCAUUUUCGUAUCCUCACGCAUUAUGCUUUGCUUUUUCUUCUUAAGUAAUUUGUCGAACGAUGACCGCGACAUGCGAAAAUAAUUAAAAAAUUUCUCACCAUCAUUUACAAGUUUAUUAUAGAGCGUGUGAAAUGUACUUUUCAGUAAUCUUGAAUUGUUUAUAGAAUGCAGCCAGUACCUUCUUGUCUUGACUUAUAUUUUCUUUUGAAUUUUUAACAUAAACGAGCGUAAACGAAAAUCGAGAAUUCUACAGCGUUAAUUUUGGUCACAUGAAUAUCUUUCUCAGCGUAUUGAUGAGAAAAAAUACGGAGAACCAAACCAACGCUCGUGUGAGUGCAGUUCUAACGUCCGUCAAAAUUGACGUCCGUUAUAACGCUUGUGUUUCCCCAGCUUUAUUUUACAAAAUAUCGAAGUAAUUAUUAAUAAAAUUAGCUUUUCUAAUUACCGCUUUAUACCAAAUUAUUCUUUAAAUCCUGUUAACCAUAAGUUAACUAUGUAUAUAUGUAUAUACAGCGUGAGACCAGUCGGUUGGUACAACUAGAUAAACCUAUGUGAGAAGGUAACUUGAAAAUAUAGAAUAAAAAUUUUUUAUAUGAAAAAGAAAAUUGAGUUUGAAAAUUUGCCAAACAUAGUUAAACUUGGCUAAGUACCAACUAGGUACGAGUAAAUAAUCAAGAGGUUAUUAGACAUGCAAAAAUAAGUCGAACACGUAAAAUAAAAAAAUUUCCAAACUCGAUUUUCUUGAAAAAUAUGAUUCAUCAAUUUCUGUAACAAGAUGUCAUGUGAUUGUUUUAAAAAAUAAAAAAAUUAUACAUGAGAUAUUAAAAUAAAAUAAAUGAUAUUAAGAUUAUGUACUUGAAAUUUAAAUAAAAUAUGAAAAUAGGUAAAUCCUUCAUGUGUCUUUAAAUACACAUUCGCCAAAACGUUGUUAUUCCAAAUGAAAUCUCUUCCGUAUUCUGUUAUAGUUUCAAACAAAAGAAAUUUCUUUUUCUAUACAUUAAUCUAAAUUUCAAAUACAUACAAUAAAUAUUCAAAUAAUUUCUUUGCAUCAAUGUACACACCUCAUGCAAUUGUAUACAUGUAUGGUCGUCGCUGAUUAUAUACUAUUUCGAACAAUAAAAAAAUAAUGUUUUAAGAAAUUAAAAAUGGAUAAAAGGAAGUUAAUUAAAAAUCGAGUUACAUGAAAAUAUUAA